AGUUGGCAAAUUUUAAGCAAGCAAAACCGCCGAGAUUUUCUCGUUCGACUGCUUUUUGGGAAGGAAUCCUUCUAAUCUACUCUAUCUGUUCUUUCCAUCAGAAUUCGAUUCGACGGGAGAGGAUUUGUCUGACGACUGGACGUGAUCAGACGUCUGACUGAAGGAUUUUCAUCAUAAAUCCAUCUUGCCUUUUGCACCGCCGCCGCUCCCUCUGCCUUUCCUGUUGAUUUCUCCAGCCGAUCUGGUACCGUUGAUCCGUCUCUACCUCAACUUUUUCGAAGGGCAGCAAACUAGAUCUCUCGCUGGUGACAUGCAGUAUGACUAUGAGUCGUCGGUAUUUGAAUCUGGUGGUGCACGACUUCAGCAGCCGCGUCUACUCGCUGUGCCGCAUCGACGUCCGCAAGCACCUCUUCUACAAAGACUCCGAAAUCGCGCGACGAGCAGCACAAGCUGCAACGGAGAACAAGAGCAAUCGAGGGGAGUUGGCAACGAUGGGCGGCUGCAAAAGACUGCCUCCGCCGGCGAUCAACUUCCAGGCAUCGCCCAGCGCCGUAAACACCAACACGGUGUAUCUGUUCUCUACACUGGGAGGAGAGAGCAACAUCCUUUACUCUGACAACAACUGCCAUACCACACUCUGUAGCCUCGACAUGGAACUCAUCCAGCCCUUCGCUCCUCCCAACUCAUGCAAGGCGCCGGAUGCCAUCAGUCUCCCCGUGACCUCCCUCGUAAAACCUCCCUCACUCUAUGUCCUGGACCUCUCCCCCGUUGUCGCCGACAUCGAUUGCUGCUUUGAGGUCCUCUCGCACCGCAACAAUGCGCCGGCUGCUGAGAAGGAGUGGAGCUGGGAUAUUCUGCGGACGCCGCUGUUUUUCCGCGAUCCAUCAACAGCCCCCGAUUUGUAUUCCUAUGCCGUGGUCGACGGUUCCACCAUAUGCAUUUCAUCUCUGGACCAGGCCAUAGGCACCUACAGCUUUGACACGGUGGGCAAGACAUGGAGCCAGACCGCGCCCUGGGCUCUGCCCUUCUUUGGCAGAGCUGAGUACGUCCCCGGGCUCGACCUCUGGUUUGGUCUCUCGGCUUGCAACCCCUUCUCCAGCCUAUGUGCUUUCGAUCUCUCAGCAAUAGACCCUCGGCAGCCACCUGAGGUGCAGCAUAACUGGGAUUAUCUCGAUCUGCCUGAGGAAGAGCCAUGGUCGCCGUCCCAGCUGCACCUGUUCAGCCUUGGCUCAGGAAAGUUUUGCGUUGCCACCUUCUUCGGGACCGAGCUGCGCACCUGUGGUGGUAUGUUGCCGUAUGAUUCGGAUUGUGAGGACACGUUUGGUGGCAGGGAGUGUGCCGUCUUCACCGGCCUGGAGGUGAAGCGCGGAAAUGAUGGCGAGGGUCCUCUCCAGUUUAUCAAGCACAUGUCCAAGCGUUUCAACGUUGGAGACCUUAACAUCGACUGUGUGCUGUGAAGAAUAAAUAUUUUGUUCUCCUCGCCUCACUGGUGCUCCUUGCUACUGCACAGCUUGUGGGCACGACUGUUUAUCCUUUGUGGCAAGCAUCACCGGGUUAUUACAAGUAGUACUAGUUAUGUUUACUGCGUUAUGUCUACUGCACUUGUGCUGUAAUAUGUCAUCAUCUCUUGCCCGCAAAAAGAGGGGUCUCUAUCUUCUCUGGAAACUACU